UUGCCCACUCCAGUCCUCAGAUGGCGAUGUACGUCUUUUAGGUUCCGGCGACGCUGCUAGUGUGACGUAUAAUCUAGUGGACGGGACGCUCCUUCAACAACAACAGCUAGUCAGACACCUCGGUAGCUUUCUAGCAAACAUAGCUACAACAUUCACGCUCUUUACACUGUUUUGGUGUAUAUUCAACACACUUCUGUCGUAUGUACUUGAUGACCCACGUAAUUAUAUAUUUACGUUGUUUGUCAGCUAGCUGGUUUGCUAAAUUAGCUUAGAACUAGGCUAGUCGCUAAUGCUAGCUAGCUAACAUCUCCGACCAUGAGUUCACCAAGCUACUCUCCUCCUGAUAAAGAAGCUCUCAUCAAAGAGGAGGAGGAAGAGGAGUCUGUUACAAUACAAAAACAAGUAGAGGGUGAGGCUGUUACCGUGAAAGAAGAAGAGAAAGACGUUUCAGUGAAAGAAGAGGAAGACGCGUUCAGAGUGAAAGAGGAGGAGGAUGUUACAGUAAAAGAAGAGGAGGAUGCAGUUUUUGGAGUGAAAGAGGAGGAGAUGACUGUCACAUUGGAGGAAGAAGAGGAGGUUGGAGAUCUGUUUAACACCAGAGAGAUACGGGACUAUCGUGGAUCCUCUGGGGAGCCUCAACAACCUCAUGACGCUGAAGAGGCAGAGACGACUUUCUCCAGAUCAGAACACCUUAAUAAACACCUGCAGAUAUCCACAGGGAAAAUAACUCACUGCUCCUCUGACCGUGGGAAGAGAUUCACCUCAUCAGGCAUUACAAUUCAUCAGAGAACACACACAGGAGAGAAAUCUUAUAGCUGUGGUCAAUGUGGGGAGAGUUUUGGUGCAUCUUGCACUCUGACUCUACACCAGAGAACACACACAGGAGAGAAACCCUAUAGCUGUGGUCAAUGUGGGAAGAGAUGGAGGACAUCUGGCCAGCUGACAUCACACCAGAGAACACACACAGGAGAGAAACCUUAUAGCUGUGUUCAAUGUGGGAAGAGUUUUGGUCAAUCAACCAGCCUGAUAUCACACCAGAGAAUUCACACAGGAGAGAAACCAUAUAGCUGUGGUCAAUGUGGGAAGAGUUUUGGUCAAUCAAGCGCUCUGACUCUACACCAGAGAAUACACACAGGAGAGAAACCUUUUAGCUGUAAUCAGUGUGGGAAGAGUUUUACUCACAAAAGCACCCUGAUAUCACACCAGAGAAUACACACAGGAGAGAAACCGUAUAGCUGUGAUGAAUGUGGGAAGAAUUUUGCUUUUUUGAGCAAUCUGACUCUUCACCAGAGAACACACACAGGAGAGAAACCUCAUUUCUGUGAUCAAUGUGGGAAGAAUUUUACUCAGCUAAAAAGCCUGAUAUCACACCAGAGAACACACACAGGAGAGAAACCUUAUAGCUGUGUUCAAUGUGGGAGGAGUUUUUCUCAGUCAACCAGCCUGAUAUACCACCAGAGAAUUCACACAGGAGAGAAACCUUAUAGCUGUGGUCAAUGUGGGAAGAGUUUUGGUCAAUCGAGAGCUCUGACUCUACACCAGAGAAUACACACAGGAGAGAAACCUUUUAGCUGUAAUCAAUGUGGGAAGAGUUUUACUCACAAAAGAACCCUGAUAUCACACCAGAGAAUACACACAGGAGAGAAACCAUAUAGCUGUGAUGAAUGUGGGAGGAGUUUUGCUUUUUCGAGCAAUCUGACUCUUCACCAGAGAACACACACAGGAGAGAAAUCUAAUUUCUGUGAUCAAUGUGGGAAGAGUUUUGCUAGUUCACGCAAUCUGACUCUUCACCAGAGAACACACACAGGAGAGAAAUCCUAAAGCUGUACUCAAUGUGGGAAUUGAAUUUUUUUUUUUUUUUUUACAUCUAGCCUUCUGAAGACACCAGAGAACACACACAGGAGAGAUCUUAUAGCUGUACUGUAUGUGGGAAGAGUUUUUGUUCAAUCUAGCUCUCUGAAGAUACACCAGAGAACACACACAGGAGAGAAAUCUCAUAGCUAUGAUCAGUGUGACCAGAGAUACUCUGAAAAAAGAUCUCAUACAUACAUGUCAAUGAUAUGAUUUCACAAUGUAGAAUGUUUUAACAGUGUAGUAGGAGUAUUUUAAUGAUGUGACAAUGUGGAAUGUUGUAACAUUGUAGUAGGAGUAUUUUAAUGAUGUCACAAUGUAGAACCCUAAAUGUUUGCCCCAUGUUCUAUUGAUUUCAGCAUGAUAUGGAUAUUAGCCUCAGGGGAAAAUCCAGGCUCUGAAAUGGAAGAGUACUAUUUAUGAGACUAAGUGACUAACAAAAAGAUUUGUUACACUUACCACGUUGGUGACCCACUUGAGUCAAAUUGCAACACUUCGAAAUGUGGCUAGCUGUUUUCUACAAAUUGUCCUCUAACCAGUGAUGUACACAUUAUUCACAGAUUCCGUGUGGUUUUUGAGCUGUUAGUUUUGACAGGAUGUGCAACCUCAUCUCCCUCCUCUCGGCACAAUGCAUUUCAACGUGAUAUCGAUGAGUGAUGACAAAUAAGUGCAUCACACCAAAAUGUAGCUGACUGUCUUCUGUAGGUUGUCCUCUAACUAGUGAGCUAAAAGAUAUCUCCCAUUUCCAUGUGUUUUUUUAGAUGUUAGUUUCAACAGCAAGUACAAUCUGACCUCCCCCAUAAUCGAUAUCAGUGAUUUAUUGCUACUUGUCAAAACAACAGCGUUUUUGGUGCUUGUGUCCAUGGUGAGGACAACUUAGUGUCUGAUUGUCUCAUGGUUGGGCAGUCAAAAAGAUUUGUGUUUUGUGUUUAGCCAGUGCGGUCCAUGGAUCACAAAUUAUUUUGACUUUCCGUAUUAGAGAUGAGUUAUGUUCCAAGGGGACGAGGGUUCUAGAAGCAAGUGAGUUUUAGGAAGGGGAAAAAAAUACACUUUUUUUCUUGUUUUUAAUUGUUGCCAGCCAGUAGACACCAUGUUAAUAUUGUAGAAUGUGAAGCAUUGUAGUUGAUUAUAAUGUGAAAUGGAAGUUGUUUUCUGUUGGUGGUGUGCAUUCUUUUAAGGUGUUACAGUCUUUGGUUUUUCCAUUUAUGUUUUGAGGUUGGACUUUAGCACGUCUAUCUCGUUAGCACGUAGGGCGCACUGAUUGGUGUCACCUCGUUAGUCAGUAUGUGUUACACCUGUGCUGGCUUGUCCAUCUCGUUAGUGGGAAGGUGUUUCACCUGAGCUGGUCCGGGUUCUAUUUAAGAGUGUCUGGCCCAGUGCUCCAGUUGUCUUGAUAGAUGUGGAGAGUCAACACCUUUAGUUGCUCCACCUUUUUGGUUUGCUUCCUGUCUUUAAGUUUGGUGUGCGUUUUUCUUUUAUUUCCCUCUUCUUGGGCAGAUUUAGUGGGUCUCAUGGUGGGUGACUUUUGUCCCAGUUGUUGUUACUAGUCAACUUUCAGUGGACACUGAGAGCAAAACUGCAACAUUAUGUUAUAAUACUUUUAUUGGAUCAAAUGGUGUUUUAUGCUACAGAAUAGAGGGUUCUUAGAACUAUUGUGUCUGUGUUCUACUGAGGAUGGGCCUCUGGGAGAUAACACUGACAGGAGAUUUAUAAUGUCUUUUGGGUGAUAAAACCGCAUUCCAGAACAUGAGUUAAUGUUUCUGUUCUAUAUGGUACCAGGGAGAGAUGACUCCAGGGCCAGACCCUGGUUUCUACACAAAGAGUACUGUUUUUACAGCAGCUACUGUCUGCUGAGAAUUAUAAGUAUCUUUCAUACAAACCUUAACCUUGUGACCUGUUCUAUACAUCUGUUAGUCACCAUGUAGGUUGAAAGGGGUGCAUCUUGGCUAUGAAAGACCUUUGUACUUUUGUCCCGUAGGUUGACCAGCCAUCAUUAUCGUAAAGCACUCAAUUGAAUCUCUUUAAAUGUGUAUGUUGUAAUGAAAGUGUAUGUCCCUUAUUAUUAAGUGAAUAAAGAUUUAAUUUAAGAAU